AUGACAUCCACACGCCCACGCGACGAGCAAGACGAGAAUGUAUCCCAAAACCUGCCCGACCUCGAAGAUGCAGACUUGAGUGAAGACAACAUCGUCAAACUGCUCGCGCAGAUUGUACGGAAACAAAACGACGAGAUCAACAAAAUACUCAUAUCGCAGAAUGAACAGGCAAAGAAGCAAGCGCAAGAGCAGCGUCGUUUGAGUGGGAUGAUUGAGAAAUUGAAUAGCAGACUUACAUCGUUUCUGGAGAGUCAACAGAAGUGCGCUUGUGACAAGGACUCAGAAGUUGAUUUGAUACCAUCGUUAAAAGCCAGAGUUGAUGCGCUUGAGGAUGCUGAGCGCGAUCAAGAACAGUUUAAAGAUGAGGUCUUACAGUCCCGUGUUGACAGACUCGAGACUAGACUUGAUCAAGUUCAAUACCAGAUUUCCAAAGAUGAACCGCAGUCGAGUGAAACAGCAGACGGUCUGAACAAUGAGGAUCUUCAAUCCCUGACCGAAGCACUUGCCACGCGACAGCUAUCCAUGCAAUUCCAUAUAGACGAGCUGGCCGAUACUGUGAACAGACAAAUCAUAACCAACGAGCAGAAAUCUAUCGCCCAAAACCAAGCAUCAAGCAUGCGCUUCUCCCAUCGAAGCAGCCACUCUACAACAACCCUACCCACACCCAUCGAACGAGCAUGCCUAGUCUCAGAAAGCGCGUACAACUCCCCUCAUCGACAUACCGCCUCCCACAGCCAGGACCUCACCAGCGCUCGCUCCCACGACUCUGGAUUCUCCAUCGAAAGCUUCCACCAACAAGCGACGUCUCUCACUAACAAAGCAACCCAACAAGACAUCAGCCUCUCCUCUCACAAGAAAGAUCUACUCAACCUCAAACGCCGCCUUGCGCACGCCGAAAAACUUAUCGGCGCACGCUAUAGAAUCGGCUCSUUCAGUAUCCACGGGKUGUCGUUCUAUCAAGACGCCGCAGCUUUACGCUACAUUUCAGGCGACCACGCAGCGCGCGACAGCUUCAAAAUGUUCUACGGCAACCGCAUCGGCGCAAUCGAGUACGUCGACAUCGCCCCUUCCGCGAUUCUAGCAUGCUUCGACAUCAUCUCGCGCAUCCGCUGCCGCCACGACUUGUGGAUAGAUGACGACAAAUUCGAGGCCAAACAGCGGAUUCGCUGCGCCGCAGAACAGAUUGUGGAUGAUUGGAUCAAUUCGUUGCCGCUGAGAGAUGGCGGGGAGCACGUACAUGUUUCGGCGCAGGAGUUACGGAAUCGGUUUAAUCAGUUGAAGGUUUUGUGUUAUGGGGCUGGUGUUGUGUUUGAUUUUACGUGGCCUACAAUCGACUGA